GCCAGCCCUCUCCCCGUUCUCUACCCUACCUCUCGCCGUGCAGAGCAUUCCCAGCCUCUCUGCACCGCAGGCAUGCCUCCCUCUAAGGGCCGCCCGCCAAAUCUUCGCUUACAGACAAACGCCGAGAAGCACCCCGCCCAGUCCAAUACUAUCAUUGAGCUCGCGACUCCGGUCGACCAGAUAGACGAGGACGAUCUCCUUCAACUCUCCUCUCCUUCCACCGAGUCCUCUGACUCUCCCACAGAGUAUCAGUCUACACUUGAGGAAGACUCCGACCCCAACUCGGAUGACAUCUCCAAGGACCUCGCUAUACUCGAGAAGCUCCGGAGGAGCGUACAGAAGAACUUGAAGCUACGGCCCAUACGUUCUUCCAACUCCAGUCUGCGCGUUCAGAACCAGGACGCCUCUCCCUUCAGCUCUUCCUGGCAAGAUGUCAAGGAUACUCGAUCACCCAGCCCCAGCUCCAGUGCGAGCCCGGCAAGUGUCUACUAUACUCCUACCUCCGCCCUCUACGCCGAUUCCGACGACUGGAGAUCUUCGUCUUCCGAUUCGUCAACAUAUCAUGGCAUCGACGCCGCCCUCCUCGUUGCACGUCUCUCCUCCCCGACGCGCCCGAUACUCAUAGAUACCCGUCCCACGACUGCCUACCUGGCGAACCGUAUCGAACACAGCGUGAAUAUCCCCACGAUCCCCUCCCUCAUUCUCAAACGUUCAAAGAAGCCUAAUGGCGCCCUCCAUGACAUCUCUGCUCUUCGCCAGUGGAUCACGACCGACGAGGGCAAGCAACUGUGGGAUGGAGUCAUGAGCAGCGGUGACUGGGAUGGCGAUGUCAUUGUAUACGACGACCGCAUGGACGAUCGUGACAGGACAAACCCACAAGCUACCGCGUGGGUCCUGCUCAGCUUGGUAGAACCUUUGUUGGAGCACGGUACGAUCGACUACCUCCAGGGUGGCUUCUCUACCGCGCAGCGCCAUCCGUACCUCAGGCAGCGCAUAGUCUCCGACAGCACCAAGGAGGAGCGUCAGUCCACCAAAACGCAGAAAGCCAAUGGUAAACUUGGCGGCGGUCUUUUCCACCUGGACAUCUCAGUCACAACUCGUCCCCGCGAUCUUCCCGAGCUCGAGCGAUCCGCCGUGUCUCCAAAACCUAUGAUGCCUGCAGCCAUCACCCCCUGGCAUGAUGCAUCUGACCACACUGCACCAUCCCCCGCGCCAUCUCAGCUCAGCUUCUCGCGACCGCCACCCCCUCGUCGCCCAAGCGUUCCCACCUUACGCAAAUUGGACACCAAGUCUGCAGAGCGUCUGAAUGCCAACCUCCCUAAGCUGCAGAUGCCGCACAAGUCUGCCACACUCGCAGCACCUCCAACGGGGAAUGGCCUCCGCUCGAGGUCCCGCUCACCCUCUCACCUCCGCCUCGACCUACCUCCACUUUCACCGCCAGGAUCCGCACGGCUUCUCUCCGUGUCCCCAAAUCACUCUUCAGAAUUCCUGCCGCCGCCAUCACCCUCAUGGGGUCAGCCAAGCACGCCUCGCAUGCUGCACUCCCCAUCAACACCCAUAUCACGAUCUCCCUCCACCGCUCGCCCAGAAUCAUCACAACCUCCCACCACGGAAGAGCCAUUCCCCGUCUUUAGUGUCUCCACCAUCCUCCCAAACUUCCUCUUCCUUGGCCCUGAGGUGACAACUGAGGAGCAUGUCGAAGAGCUGCUCUCGCUAGGCGUGAAGCGUAUCUUGAAUAUCGCAGCAGAAUGUGACGACGAUCAUGGCUUGCGCCUACGUGAGCGCUUUGAACGAUACAUUCGCAUACCGAUGCGCGAUACGGUUGAAGAGGAUAACAUCACGCGUGGUGUUCGUGAUGUGUGCGAGCAUCUCGAUGACGCGCGGCUUCAUUCCUCCCCUACCUACGUCCAUUGCAAAGCGGGCAAGUCGCGUUCAGUCACCGCUGUCAUGGCGUAUCUUAUCCAUGCCAAUCACUGGACGCUUGGACGGGCGUACUCCUUUGUGCUUGAGCGCCGCAAGGGCAUAUCACCCAAUAUCGGCUUCGUGUCAGAACUCAUGACCUUCGAGGAACAGGAGCUCGGCGGGAAGUCCAUUGGUGUGGUCAAGAUGUCCGGUGGGGAGGGUGAGGGUGCAGCUGCCGAAGGAGACGGCGCUAGUGGCCCGGGCGGUGGGACAAACUACCAGGUCGCAUUGGGCGGGCGUCGCCCGCAGCACAUUCGGGAGAGUCUGCCACCCCUCUUCUCUUUGCCUCACUCCUUCGCAGGUGUCAGCGGACCUCCGGUCCUGGACGCUGCACAGAUCGGAGACGCUGCACAGGAGGUGGAGAUCAAGGAUGCGGCAGGACGCUAUCGCCACGCACGACGCGCACCUGUCGACGAAGCCACCCUCCAGCCGAUGCGCCGUGUCAGUAAAGCGGGCCUAGAGAGUGCAGCGUACGUAUGACCCCUCGAUCGAAGACGAGUAAUUUGUCUUCGCGGAGCACACCGGCCCUACGCCCGAUAAUGCCUACUGGCAGAUUACCGCAGCUAGUUAGCUAAGUCCAAGUCGUUCAUUCUCGGUGUACUUAUGGGUGCUUAUUCUGAGUGGCCCUUCCACGUCUCUUCGGCAGUCUUUUUCGCGCAUAUGCUCGUCCCUUUGUCAACCUGGCUUGGUACACGGUGUUUUAAUCCAUCGACGCCCCCUCUCUUUGUCUCAUCCUUCCGUUCAUAUCACUCCAGCUUGUCCGUCUCGCUAGUAGUUACCCGCAGUCUCUGGCAACCGCACAUAGUUCUAGGAAGGUCCUGUAUAUAUCGUCUGCCAUCCUGACACCAUGUACAUACCACGACACGCAUACUAUACCUCAGACUCUGAUCUGAUCUCAAU